CUGCACAACCCUUUUUCAUUGUCUGGGCUUGGCGCCUGCGCAGUAAAAAAAUCGUUGGGACCCGGCUGGAGGGGAUAGGGCUUGGCUCCUCGCCCUUUCCCGAGGCGCCUGCGCAUUAAGCGCCCGCUCUUGCCGUUACCGCUAUGUGUGGGGCGUGUGUAGAAUAACGUUAUUGCCCAGCGGAGCUGAGGGGCCUUGAGCUCGACCGCUGCAGCAGCGACGACGACGACAGCGGCGGCGACGACGACGGGGUGGGGGGAGGACGGCGUGCUAGCGACUCACGGGACGCAACGCGCCCCGCCUCCCCCGUCCGGUCCCUCUCUCCACGGUGAGGGGAUGACGUAGCUUUGCCAAAGACUCAGAAGCUAAGCAGAAAAUGAGCUUAACAUCCUGGUUUUUGGUGAGCAGUGGAGGCACUCGCCACAGGCUGCCACGAGAAAUGAUUUUUGUUGGAAGAGAUGACUGUGAACUUAUGUUGCAGUCUCGCAGUGUGGAUAAGCAACAUGCUGUAAUCAAUUAUGAUGCCUCUACAGAUGAGCAUUUGGUGAAAGAUUUAGGCAGCCUAAAUGGGACUUUUGUGAAUGAUGUAAGGAUUCCAGAACAGACUUAUAUUACCCUGAAACUUGAAGAUAAGCUGAGAUUUGGAUAUGAUACAAAUCUUUUUACUGUUGUUCGAGGAGAAAUGAGGGUCCCUGAAGAAGCCCUUAAGCAUGAGAAGUUUACCAUUCAGCUUCAGUUGUCCCAGAAAUCUUCAGAAUCAGAAUUAUCAAAAUCUGCAAGUGCUAAAAGCGUAGAUUCAAAGGUAGCAGAUGUACCUACAGAAGUACAGCACAAGCCUACAGAAGCACUGAAAACUGAGGAGAAAGCCACAGAUAUUUCUACUAUGCCCCGUGGUACUCCAUUAUAUGGACAGCCAUCAUGGUGGGGGGAUGAUGAGGUGGAUGAAAAAAGAGAUUUCAAAUCAAAUGGCAAGACUGAAGAAAAAAAUCAUGAAACUGGAACAUCAGGGUGCAGCAUAGAUGCCAAGCAAGUUGAGGAACAGUCUGCAGCUGCAAAUGAAGAUGUACUUUUUCCUUUCUGUAGGGAACCAAGUUAUUUUGAAAUCCCUACAAAAGAAUUCCAGCAACCAUCACAAAUAACAGAGAGCACUAUUCAUGAAAUCCCAACAAAAGACACACCAAGUUCCCAUACAACAGGUGCAGGGCAUGCUUCAUUUACCAUUGAAUUUGAUGACAGUACCCCAGGGAAGGUAACUAUUAGAGACCAUGUGACAAAAUUUACUUCUGAUCAGCGCCACAAGUCAAAGAAGUCUUCUCCUGGAACUCAAGACUUGCCAGGAAUUCAAACAGGAAUGAUGGCUCCAGAAAACAAAGUAGCUGACUGGCUAGCACAAAACAAUCCUCCUCAAAUGGUAUGGGAAAGAACAGAAGAGGAUUCCAAAAGUAUAAAAAGCGAUGUUCCAGUGUACUUGAAAAGGUUGAAAGGAAACAAACAUGAUGAUGGUACACAAAGUGACUCAGAGAAUGCUGGGGCUCACAGGCGCUGUAGCAAACGUGCAACUCUUGAGGAACACAUAAGGCGCCACCAUUCAGAACAGAAAAAGCUACAGAAGGUGCAGGCUCCUGAAAAGCAUCAAGACCAGGCUGUUACUAGCUCUGCGCAUCACAGAGGGGGGCAUGGUGUUCCACAUGGGAAAUUGUUAAAACAGAAAUCAGAGGAGCCUUCGGUGUCAAUACCCUUCCUACAAACUGCAUUAUUAAGAAGUUCAGGGAGUCUUGGGCACAGACCAAGCCAGGAGAUGGAUAAAAUGUUAAAAAAUCAAGCUACUUCUGCUACUUCUGAAAAGGAUAAUGAUGAUGACCAAAGUGACAAGGGUACUUAUACCAUUGAGUUAGAGAAUCCCAACAGUGAGGAAGUGGAAGCAAGAAAAAUGAUUGACAAGGUGUUUGGAGUAGAUGACAAUCAGGAUUAUAAUAGACCUAUUAUCAAUGAAAAGCAUAAAGAUCUGAUAAAAGAGUGGGCUCUUAGUUCUGCUUCAGUAGUAAUGGAAGAACGAAAACCACUGAGUACAUCUGUAUUUCAUAACUCAGAGGAAGGCAUAUCUUCAUCUGGAAGCAAACGUUGGGUUUCACAGUGGGCUAGUUUGGCUGCUAAUCAUACAAGACAUGAUCAAGAAGAAAGAAUAAUGGAAUUAUCUGCACCUGUUCCUUUAGAAAAUGAGACAGAUAUUGGUGAAUCUGGCAUUUCACUGAAAAGAACUGGAUCUGUAGCUUCCUUGGCUGGGCAGGGAGAAAGAAGGAGACGAACUCUUCCCCAACUUCCAAAUGAAGACAAGUCUCUUGACAGCUCUAGAGCAAAGAUUAUAGCACAGAGGUCAGAAAUAGGAGAAAAGCAAGACACAGAACUGCAGGAGAAAGAAACACCAACAGUGGUACACCAGAAAGAUAAACAAGAUGCUGACAGAGCUCUGAAUAAAGUGAACAGGACAGUAAAUGGUGGAGAUAAUAAAGUCCUGCCUCACAUAGGCAGCUCUUCUCCUGGGAAGGAGAGGAGUGAAACUGAUAAGGAAGCUUCUUUAGUAAAGCAGACAUUAGCAAAAAUUCAGCAGCAACAAGAACAGAAGGAGCAGGCCCAGUGGACACCUGCUAAAUUAGCUUCAAAAAAUGUUUCAGGUCAGAUAGAUAAAUGCAGGGAAGAAACUUCUAAACAAGAGUCCCAACCUCCAGACAAAAUUCCAGGACAUUCUACAAGCAAAGGAGAAAGGGCGAUACAAAAUGAGAGCAAGAGAAGAAAAGCUGAGGAAAUUCUGAAAAGUCAGACUUCAAAGGGAGGAGACAAGAAAGAAUCCUCCAAGUCUUUAGUGCGACAAGGGAGCUUCACUAUAGAAAAACCUAGCCCAAAUAUACCUAUAGAACUUAUUCCUCAUAUAAAUAAACAGACUUCAUCUACUCCCCCUUCUUUAGCAUUAACAUCUGUAAAUAGACUACGAGAAAGAAGUGACUCUUUGGAUACUGAUUCUAGUAUGGACACAACCCUUAUUUUAAAAGACACAGAAGCAGUAAUGGCUUUUCUAGAAGCUAAAUUGCGUGAAGAUAAUAAAACUGAUGAAGGCCCAGAUACUCCCAGUUAUAAUAGAGACAAUUCUAUUUCACCAGAAUCUGAUGUGGAUACAGCUAGUACAAUCAGUCUGGUUACUGGAGAGACUGAAAGAAAGUCAACCCAAAAGCGAAAGAGUUUCACUAGCCUCUAUAAAGAUAGAUGUUCCACAAAUUCUCCUUCCAAAGAUGUAACUAAAUCAUCAUCUUCGGGUGCUAGGGAGAAAAUAGAAAAGAAAACAAAAAGUCGUUCCUCGGAUGUAGGUUCAAGAUCAGAUGGUCGUAAAUUUGUACAGUCCAGUGGAAGAAUAAGACAGCCUUCAGUAGACUUAACGGAUGAUGACCAAACCUCCAGUGUACCUCAUUCUGCUAUCUCUGAUAUUAUGUCAUCUGAUCAAGAAACUUAUUCCUGUAAAUCUCAUGGAAGGACUCCACUUACCUCAACUGAUGAGCAUGUACAUUCCAAACUGGAAGGAGGUAAAGGAACAAAAUCUAAGACUUCUCCUGUAGCAUCUGGUUCAUCCAGUAAGUCAACUACUCUUCCAAGGCCACGACCUACCAGGACUUCCCUCUUGCGCAGAGCACGACUUGGUGAAGCUUCAGACAGUGAACUUGCUGAUGCCGACAAAGCAUCUGUUGCUUCUGAAGUAUCCACAACAAGUUCUACAUCUAAGCCACCCACAGGAAGGCGCAAUAUUUCUAGGAUUGAUUUAUUGGCUCAGCCUCGUAGAACACGGCUUGGCUCAUUAUCAGCUCGUAGUGACUCUGAAGCAACAAUAUCUAGAAGUAGUGCCUCUUCACGUACUGCAGAAGCCAUCAUUAGAAGUGGAGCCAGAUUAGUACCAUCAGAUAAAUUUUCUCCUAGAAUUAGAGCUAACAGUAUCUCUCGACUGUCGGACUCCAAGGUCAAAAGUAUGACCUCAACUCAUGGCUCUCCUUCAGUAAAUUCAAGAUGGAGGCGCUUUCCUACUGAUUAUGCUUCCACCUCAGAAGAUGAAUUUGGAUCAAACCGUAAUUCCCCUAAACAUACCCGUCUACGUACUUCUCCAGCCCUGAAAACCACUCGCUUGCAGAGCACUGGAUCAGCAAUGCCUACUAGUUCUUCUUUCAAGCACCGGAUUAAAGAACAGGAAGACUACAUCCGAGACUGGACUGCUCAUCGAGAAGAAAUAGCCAGGAUCAGCCAAGAUCUUGCACUCAUUGCUCGGGAGAUCAACGAUGUAGCAGGAGAGAUAGAUUCAGUGACUUCAUCAGGCACUGCCCCUAGUACCACAGUAAGCACUGCUGCCACCACCCCUGGCUCUGCCAUAGACACUAGAGAAGAGGUAGGAGAUCUUCAUGGAGAAAUGCAUAAGUUGGUUGAUCGUGUUUUUGAUGAAAGUCUCAACUUCCGAAAGAUCCCUCCAUUAGUUCAUUCUAAAACUCCAGAAGGAAACAAUGGUCGGUCUGGGGAUCCAAGACCUCAACCAACGGAGCCUCCUGAUCACCUAACAAUUACAAGACGGAGAACUUGGAGCAGGGAUGAAGUCAUGGGAGAUAAUCUGCUGCUGUCAUCUGUCUUCCAGUUCUCUAAAAAGAUAAGACAAUCUAUAGAUAAAACAGCUGGAAAAAUCAGAAUAUUAUUUAAAGACAAAGAUCGGAACUGGGAUGAAAUAGAAAGCAAAUUAAGAGCUGAAAGUGAGGUCCCUAUUGUGAAAACCUCAAGCAUGGAGAUUUCUUCUAUUUUGCAGGAACUGAAAAGAGUCGAAAAGCAGUUACAAGCAAUCAAUACUAUGAUUGACCCAGAUGGAACUUUGGAGGCUCUCAACAACUUGGGAUUUCCCAGUGCUAUCUUGCCAUCGCCACCAAAACAGAAAUCCAGUCCUGUGAAUAACCACAGCAGCCCGGCCAUGCUGUGACCUGCAAGCAAACUAAAUAUCCAACAUUUCUGAACCCCCAUGUCUCCUGUGCCAAGCUGCUCCCUGAUAUGGACUUCCUCUUCAUCUGUACAGAUUUGUUAAACCAUUCUGUUUGCUUCUUAAUGUUAGGUUUAUAUUAGUACUCAUUACCAUUGGACACAAUGACAUUGUUCUCCAUAGUAAAGCAGACCUUUUACAACAGUCAUUCUGUGUCCUAAAAUUUUCCAGCCUAGAUGUGAUUUAUAUAACUUUGUUGCUACAUGACUUGUCUUGGGGUUUAUGGAGAUUAACUAUUAUGUUUGCACUAAGAUUUACUGGGAGUGGUAGGUGGACAUAUCUAUAUAUCAAUAAGGACUAACCGUCUUUUUUGUACAUAGGAAAUUGAUAAUACUGUAUUUGUUUUAACCCCACAGUGUUUUACUCCACUUUCAAAAAGAUCAAUUUGGCACUUUUUUUCAAUUUUUUAAAUGGAAAUAAGAUUUUUGUCUCUCAUUUUAGGUUAAAUAACUAGAAAGAUCAAACUAGACAGUUUAGGUGGAGUAUAUUUUUAAAACUAAGAACAUGUAUAUUGGUCCUGUGUUACCAAGUUUAUAUGUGACAGUUGAAAAAAACUUCCCCCUGAAAUGAUCAUGAGGUUAAAAUUUUCUUCAUUAGGAAACUUGGAGAACCAGUAGUUGUAAGAUUAGUUGAUAGUUUCACUCCCAAGCAGUGAAUUGCUUCUGUGUGUUUCCCUGUAGGACCCUAGUAAAUCCUGUCUCAGUCUUAAACACAUUUAUGAGGACCCUGCAAGUCAACAAUGACAAAGGCUUUUGACUUAUGCUACUAAACAGAAAGCCUAUGAAAAACAUCUUCAAUAAACUUGUUGUUUUUUUCUUUCCUUCCAGUAAGUUCACAUUUGGGUGAUUUUAAAAAUAAUCAUCUUCGUGUUUCCAGAACACUAUAAUUUGGGUGAAUCUUAGUUAAGUUAAAUAUUGUUAGUCUUGGAUUUCCCCCUUGAUUCCAACAGCCCCUAACAUUUAAACUGCAACUUUUGCAACUUUUGUGAAAGUCUUUAAUUUUUAUUUCAGCAAUAACCUGUUCUACCUUGUUUAAAGAAACAAAGUAACUGUACACUUCAAAACUUUAUAGGAUUUUAAAAAUCCUGUAGUGUUGGAUCAGUUAAUAAAAAUGCAGUAUCUUUUU